AUGGGGGUCUGUGGGUACCUGUUCCUGCCCUGGAAGUGCCUCGUGGUCGUGUCUCUCAGGCUGCUGUUCCUUGUACCCACAGGAGUGCCGGUGCGCAGCGGAGAUGCCACCUUCCCCAAAGCUAUGGACAACGUGACGGUCCGGCAGGGGGAGAGCGCCACCCUCAGGUGUACCAUAGAUGAUCGGGUCACCAGGGUGGCCUGGCUAAACCGCAGCACAAUCCUCUAUGCUGGGAAUGACAAGUGGUCCAUAGACCCCCGAGUGAUCAUCUUGGUCAACACGCCUACCCAAUACAGUAUCAUGAUCCAGAAUGUGGAUGUAUAUGAUGAAGGUCCAUACACUUGCUCGGUGCAGACAGACAAUCACCCCAAAACCUCCCGGGUCCACCUCAUAGUGCAAGUUCCUCCCCAGAUAAUGAACAUCUCUUCAGACAUCACGGUGAAUGAAGGAAGCAGUGUGACUUUGUUAUGUCUUGCAAUUGGCAGACCAGAACCAACGGUAACAUGGAGACACCUGUCAGUCAAGGAAGGCCAGGGCUUUGUGAGCGAGGAUGAAUACCUGGAAAUCUCUGACAUCAAACGUGACCAGUCUGGGGACUACGAGUGCAGCGCCUUGAACGAUGUCGCCGCUCCUGAUGUGCGGAAAGUAAAAAUCACUGUAAACUACCCUCCCUAUAUCUCAAAAGCCAAAAACACUGGUGUUUCAGUUGGUCAGAAGGGCAUCUUGAGCUGUGAAGCCUCGGCUGUCCCCAUGGCUGAGUUCCAGUGGUUCAAAGAAGAUACCAGGUUAGCCACUGGCCUGGAUGGAGUGAGGAUUGAGAACAAAGGCCGCAUAUCUACUUUGACUUUCUUCAAUGUCUCAGAGAAGGAUUAUGGCAACUAUACCUGUGUGGCCACAAAUAAGCUUGGGAACACCAAUGCCAGCAUCACACUGUAUGAAAUAAGCCCCUCAUCAGCAGUGGCAGGGCCUGGAGCAGUCAUUGAUGGUGUAAAUUCCGCCUCUAGAGCACUGGCUUGUCUCUGGCUCUCAGGGACCUUCUUUGCCCACUUCUUCAUCAAGUUUUGA